AUGUCCCACACGGCCUUCUUCUAUGGCACCCUCAUGGCUCCGCCUGUCCUGCACCGCGUCAUCUGGGGGUCCUGCACCCCUCCAACACCCGCACACGCCUCCUUGCUGAAAUUCCGCCCUGCCAUUCUGCAUGCCCACCGUCGGCACAAGGUGAGACAGGCCGAUUACCCUGCCGUCCUGCCCACAGAACAGGACGAGCAUUCUUCGGUGCGCGGCACGCUUGUGGACGGCCUAACAGACGGGGAUAUCUGGCGUUUGGACAUCUUCGAGGGCUCAGAGUAUCAGCGGAGAAAGGUAAUGGUGGAGGUGUUGGCGCUGCCUCACAGGGCGGAGCGGGCGAGCACAGCGAUCGAGUUGGCUCCUCUGACUGAGAAAGCGGAAGAGAGGGCAAGAGGACAAGGCGAACAAGUAGAAGCUGAGACCUACAUUUGGAUUGCUGGUGUCCAUCGACUCGAGUCGGAGGAAUGGGACUUUGACGAGUUCGUCCGGGAUAAGAUGCAGCGCUGGGUUGGGCGCGAAGCAACGAGGACGGACGAAGGCUUUCAGGAUGUCGACGAUGCAGUGGCUGCCCAGGAAGAUCCUACGGGCGGGAGAGGUGCUCUUGGCCAUAUAUCACGGCAAUUGCAAGACAACGAUCAUAUUCCCACAUCGGCUUGGAACAGCGCAGUGUAA